CAUUAGUUUCUUAAACAAAACGAUUAAUAUUCGACAGAGAACCCUAGCUUUGUUCCUUAAUUUCCUACGGUCCAAGAAAAAAAAAUAUGUGGGUUAACGAGAGUACCUCAGUAUCUGAUCUUGCUUUCUUGGACUCCAUUAGUCAGCAUCUUCUGGCUGAUGAUUUUGCAGCUUCUUUGGCUUCUUUAGACUUGGUGUCCUUCAAUGCACCCUUAUUUGGUAGGACUUCUGGCUUCACUAGCCUUCUCCUGAAUUGCAGUAAUCUCCCAUUAAAACUUGACAAUGGGUACUUUAGCUUUGGGUGUCCACCGACAAACCCCAUUGACUCAACCGCGCCUGAAAAAGUGGAGGAGCCACCACAGAAGGUGAGUCAAGUAGAGGCUGCAGCGGUGGCGAGUGGAAAAGGGGUGCAUUACAGGGGGGUGAGAAGGAGGCCAUGGGGAAAGUAUGCGGCAGAGAUAAGGGAACCUGGCAAGAAAGGCGUAAGGGCUUGGUUAGGGACUUACGAGACACCCGAGGACGCUGCUUUGGCUUAUGAUAAAGCCGCUUUCAAGAUCCGAGGCUCCAAAGCUAAGCUCAAUUUCCCUCACUUGAUCGGCUCAAGUAACAUAGAACCUGUUAGAGUUGGCCCAAGGCGUCGCUCACCAGAGCCGUCGUCUUCUUCAUCAUCGCCCAUAGUGGAUAGCAACUCCCCUAUGCCAAAGCGAAGAAAGAGGACCAAUUAAUGGCCACGAACAGCUGGUAAUUUCAUUUGAUCAAUUAAUGACCGAUUGUAUCUGAUUUUUCACUUUUCAAGACUUGAUCAAAUUUAAUUAAGGCGAUCGAGUUUGAUUACCGAAAUUAAGAAAAAAUAAAAUAAAAUCAAGAUGUUUUCCAUUUGCUUUCCAGAAUUGUCCUACAUGCAAAAGGAAUUAGUUUGGAUAUCAUAGAUAACAGUAUGUUUCUCAAAUCUUUUUCAUUUUGCUCUUUUAUGGAUGCCGCUUCAAUUAAGUUCUGAU